ACCAUCGAUAAAAGCCCACGAACAAAUCUUGCCGCUCCCGCUUUUCAAAUAGAACAAUUUUGUUCAUAAUUAGAAAAGGGAAAAACCCCACGAAAGGAGCUAGCAGAAAAUGGAUUCUAUAGCUUUAGCAGUGCAGAAACUAAAAGGGUUCGCUGAAGGCUUGGUUACAGGUCGUGAAUCUUCAUCUCGCCGCAAUCCUAUUGAAAUCUUGAAGCGGCUACAAAGAGAAUCAUUUUCAGACUUGAUGAAACUCCGAGACAGACAAGACAAAGUGGAACGUUUAUUUUCAUUUUACAAAUCAUCCAAGGGGAACCCAUUCCAAGAAUCAAGUACCGUUUUGAGAGGGGAAGUUGAUUUUCUCGGAGCUGUAUUGCUUAUGUCCAGGGUUGAUGAGGAACACUGGGGUGGGAUUGGUCGGGCAGGAAUUAGAACUGGGGUUGAUUCCAGGUUUAGAUUUGAAACAGCUGUUGGGGAUAAAGGUUCUGUUGGGAUUGAAUUCGUGGCUAAUCAGAAAAGGGUUGCGAGUAAUGAUGGUGAUGUACUUGAAACUCCACUUUCCCUAUCUAAGCUGUUUUAUAAAGCAAAUGCUGCUAAUGGGUUUUCCGCCAUUGCAAUUCCAAUUGGAGCUCAGGUUAAAGAUCUAGAUGUCGCCUCGGACUAUUCCCUUCAGGAGGAAAAGGGCCUCACUGAUGUAUCAUUGGGGCCACCCAUGUUGCAUCAACAAACUGGAGGUGCAAUUGGGGUGACUGUGAGAAUGUCCAAUGUCAUCGCUUCGCUAGCUCAAUCAAUAGCUGGAAUUAGAAAUGGACAUUGCUUGAGUACUUUUGGACAAGUUGUUUGUCUACUUCCAUUAGGAUUGAAGCUUUCACUUUUAGGCCUUCACCGAGGGCCUAAAUUAGCAGGUCAUAACAUCCAUCUCGGAGCCUUUUCUAUUCCAGUUGGAUUUUCUAGGCCUUCUGGAGAUGCUGGUUCAAGGGUUGAAGCAUCUGCUCCACCUUUGACACCAAACAUUCCAGAAUUUGGAUCUAUUGCCCUGAAGCUGGAUUCAGAAUUUGAUGAAUACAAAAGACUUUCUGGUUGGAUUGAGAUGAAACAAGCAAAUCCAGAACAUUUAGAAUGGGCUGUUAAUUUCUCUGAUUCUUCUGAAGAUGGGUAUGGUUGGGGUACAAGUCUAGGUGGAAUUCUUGAAGGUCCAGGAAACUGGGGCCACUUUCAGGUUGAAUCCUAUGUAAAAUUUAACCCAAGUAAAAGAUUUAGCUUGAAACCAGGAGUUGCAUAUGUAGUAGAUGGAAAUACCCAAACCCUGGCCCUUGUGCUUCGGUCUAACUGGUCUAUAUGAUUGUAUGUUUAGGAGGUUCUAGUUUUUCUGGAAGGCCAUAUGUUUUGGAGAAGUUCAAUUUUCUCUUCAGGUAUAUAUAGCUUGCAAUAUCCACCAUGUUUUAGAUAAAUUGAUUGAUAAGUAUAGUUUUGCCAACUUGUUGGAGCCA